GCGGCUCGUUUAAACCUGUCGCCAUGACGCUGCUGACGGAGGAGGAGCUCUGUCGGAUCCCGGCCGCGGGGGCGGACGUCAGGGCGCUGGGGGGGAGCUGCUCGGGCGACUGCGGGCCGAAGGAGUGCCUGUCCAGCGCGGAGUGGGCGGUGUUCGGCGCGGUGGAGCCGGCCCGGCGCUCGCGGCGGCAGCUGGUGAUGCACAGCACGGUGAUGUUUGGCCGCGAGUUCUGCUACGCGGUGGAGGCGGCCUUCGUCACGCCGGUGCUGCUGAGCGUGGGGCUGCCGCGCAGCCUGUACAGCCUGGUGUGGCUGAUCAGCCCCGUGCUGGGCUUCGUCCUGCAGCCCGUCAUCGGCUCCACCAGCGACCACUGCGCCUCGCCCUGGGGCCGCCGCCGCCCCUACAUCCUGGCCCUCGGGGUCCUGAUGCUGGCCGGGCUCACACUCUUCCUCAACGGAGACGCCGUGGUGUCAGCCAUAGUAACAGAGAGGAACUUGAAGAGGACCUGGGCCAUCGUGGUGGUGAUGUGCGGGGUGGUUCUGUUUGACUUUGCGGCGGACUUCAUCGACGGGCCGGUGAAGGCCUACCUCUUCGACGUCUGCUCACACCAGGACAAAGAGAGAGGUCUGCACUACCACGCCCUCCUGACGGGUCUGGGAGGAGCCUGUGGGUACCUGGUCGGGGCGAUGGACUGGGGUCACUCCGCUCUGGGGGUACUGCUGGGCUCGGAGUACCAGGUGAUCUUCUUCUUCUCGGCCCUCACCUGGGGAUGCUUCCUGUGCCUGCACCUGUUCAGCAUCCCGGAGACGCCGCUGGAGAAGGGCGGGGCCCUGGAGAGGGGCGGGGCCCUGGAGCCCCGCCCCUCCGACACGGUGCUGCUCCUGGGGAACCAGAGCAGCGGGUACGGGACGGUCCCCAAAGAGCCUGCCCCAGAACCGGAGUUCAGAACCCGCUCCUUCUCCGCCCUGGGUGAAGCCAACUCCGUCACCUCCAGCGCCAAGCAGCCCAACAAGGAGGUGCAGAAGCGGAUGACCCUGAAGUCGUUGCUCCUGGCGAUGAUCAGCAUGCCCAGCCACUACCGCUGCCUCUGCGUUUGCCACCUGCUGGGCUGGACGGCCUUCCUCUGCAACAUGCUCUUCUUCACGGACUUCAUGGGGCAGAUUGUGUACAAGGGGAACCCGUAUGCUGACCACAACUCCACAGCCUACAGCACGUACGAGAGAGGAGUGGAAGUGGGCUGCUGGGGCCUGUGCAUCAAUGCUGUGUCAUCUGCCCUCUACUCCUAUGUCCAGCGCCUCCUCCUCCCAUAUAUCGGGCUUAAGGGGCUGUACUUCGUGGGGUACUUUGUUUUUGGGCUGGGUACCAGCCUGAUUGGCCUGUUUCCCAACAUCAUCGCCACCCUGACCCUCUGCAGUGUCUUCGGAGUGAUGUCCAGCACUCUCUACACCAUCCCGUUCAACCUCAUAUCUGAGUAUCACAAGGAAGAGGAGGCCCUGAGGAAGAUGAGGGAAGAGGAAGGCGGCAGUGGGCGGGGCACAGGUGUGGACUGCGCGGCGCUCACCUGCAUGGUGCAGCUGGCUCAGAUCAUCGUGGGGGCGGGGCUGGGCGCCCUGGUCAACAUGGUGGGCAGUGUGAUCGUUGUGGUGCUCUCCGCCUCCACCGUCGCCCUCAUGGGCUGCCUCUUCAUCGCCCUCUUCAUCAGACACGUGGAGUGACCCCUCUGAACGACCGACCAAUAAACACCUUCCCCACAGCCCUCUCUG